AUGUUUUUAAAUUUGCAAAAUGUUUUUUUAAAAGCAUCUAUUUUUUUGUAAAUAAAAAUCAUAUAUUAUAAUUUUAUUAUUUCCAUUAACAUUAAUAUUUUUACAAUUCUGUGUUACAACAUAAUAAUAUAAAAAAUAUUUAAAAUUAUUAUAUUUAAAAUUUUUCUUAUAUGAAGCUAUUUUUCAAAUUGUUCAUAAAUAGAAAUUAUUUAUAUACAAUACAAUAAUAUUAUGAUAUGAUACAAAAAUACAAAAUUAUUAUAAAAGAUUAAUGAAAAAUGAAAUAUGUACAAUAUAUAUUAUUUGUUAUUCUAAUAUUUUAUAUAAUUUUAUAUAACUUUAUAUAAUAAAGUUUUAUAUAAUUCUAAAAUUUAUAAUUAUGAAAAUUUUUUUAGUAUUUUUAGAAAUACCAAAAUUUGAAAAAAAAAUGACGAAAAUAUUUUUAUUACAUAUUAAAUAAUUUUUAUACUAUUCAUAUUAUUAUAUCAUUAUUCAUAUAAAAAUAAGAUUUAUUUAAUAAAAUCUAAUUAAAUUGACUGAAUUUUAGCUUAAAAUAUUGCAAAUUUUGGAAAAUUUUUUUAACGUCUUUUCAUAAAUUUCGACAAAUAAUAAUUUGAAUUUGAUAUAUACUAUUUCUAUGAUCUAAACGGAUUGGUUAAAAAUCCAAGAUGGCAUCAUGUAAUUCGUGAAAAACCCUAAAAAUAUGAAAUUACAUAUGUAUAUAAUUUUCAAAUUAAAAAAUUUCGACUGUUAAAACUAUUAUUUUCGGAUUUUAAAGAAUAUUUUUUAUUAAAAUCUAUAAAAAGUUAGAAAAAAAAUCCAAAAUUGUAGAAAAAAUCCAGAGUCCAACUAAAGUUUAACUCAUUAAAAACAUCAUUAUAAUCGAUUCAACUGUUUAACAAAAAAUUAAAUUAUUAUAGAUAUAAAAAAAAUAAUAAUUUAUAUAAUUUAUCUAUAAUAUAAAAAAAUGUAUAUAUCAAUUUGUAUAGUUGAUUUGUGAUUGGUAGACCAAUGAUCUUACGGAAGUGAUUGAAAAUAAACAAACCUAUCAUAUAACUAAAGAAGAUAUUUUCAUAUAACUCAUAAUCUUAUUCAUUCGUACAAUUAAAACUGAAUGAAUUAGCAAAUAAAAUUUCACUUUGUGAAAGUUGUAUUAUAAAAUUUUUUAUUGAAAAGAGAUGUCAUUAACUUUUCAACAAAUUAUAUUGGAUGCUAAAAAGUUAGUUAUUAAAAUAUCAGAUCAUGAGAAUACAGCUGAUAAUUUGAUAAGUGAAAUAGAAUCAGUUUGUAGUCAAAUUGCUAAUAUGAAACAGUAUCAGGAAGAAGUAGAAAUUUUGAAUACUGAAGCAAAACAAAGACCACAUAUACAAUUAAUCUCAGGAAUACAAAGAGAGGUUAAACAUUUACAAGAAUUGCAAGCUGAAAACAAGGAAUUAAAAAAAGCAUUAGAAGAUCAUCAUCAUGCUCUUGAAUUAAUUAUGUCUAAAUAUAGGCAACAGACAGCAUCUUUAUUACGUCUUUGUAAAACAGAUCUUUCUUCAUUACAUAAUGCAAAAUAUGCUAAUAUAAUUACCAACCAAGCGGAAAAAAUUAAUGAAAUGGCAGCAGUAAUGAAAACUGCAGUAGCUUUAGAUGAGGAAAAUGAGAUGAGAGAAAAAGAAAUAUAUAGUAGUUUAAAAGUAGAAAAUACUACAUUACGAGAAAUAGUUAAUAUUGCAAAUAAGUAUUGCUCCUUAAAUAAGGAAACUGAUGUAGAGAGUAAAACUGUACAAACAGAUCCAAUAGUAUAUUAAAAGAAAUUUCUAAUUUAUAUUUCUCUUAUAUAAAUUUCAUAUUAUUUAUUUCAUAUUUUAUAACAUAAAUAAUGCUAGAAAAAAAUGUAUUACUUAUAUACAAUAAAAUACACAUGUAAAAUAUGAUUUAUA